GAUGUAGGGGCACUGGCAUUUCGGUUUAGGAACCAAGGUGUCACAGGCAUGUUGGCGGUGCCAUGUACACCCUAAUCUCACUGCUAAUGAGUGACCAUUUCCUGGGGAAUGGGCUUCAGGGUUUGUUUUUCCUAGGAUCACAGCAGGAUCUACUAAAACCACUUUUCAGUUUAUAACAAACUUCUAGUCUUAACUAUUUUUCUCCAUGUAAGCAGUCUUCAGUGAACGUCGUGCUUGAGGGUCCUCUACUCCUGCAUCCUCUCAGUCGCUUCUCCCUUGUGUUUAUCUGCCCUUCUAGGCAGGACUAGGCUUUCCCUUCUGGAAUCUUUUGUCCAGUUUAAGCCUGGUGAUAACUUCGUGCUGGGGUGGAUGCCCAUGUGGACAGUUGUGCCAUUAGCCUUUUCUGGCUGCACCUUUUCAGUGUGGAUGACACAUUUCUUUCUAUAUACCUGGACCACCUUGCCAAUCUGCUGCCUUUGCAGUGUCAUCAGACAACCUGAACCUCAUCAUCUUUUCAAAUGUGCAAAGAUCAAAGGGGCAUUACACUUGUGUUUCAACUCUUCGGAGAGGGGAAGACAUCGGCUUCCUAAAGGGAGAAGGGGCAUUGAAAUGCUGUCUGUUUGCUUCCUCAGAGGUCACAAAGGGACUGAGCUCCAGCAGUGGCUGCAAAGGCAAGAGCUAUUGUUUCCUAUUUCACAAGCCUCAGAGUAACCUCUGUUUUACCAAGGAGAGAAAACAGAGUCCAGGACUUGCACUGGGCCUUUGCAAGGUCAGUGCACAACAGAGGUCUGCUGUGUCCCCGUAUUACUGCCCUGGGUGCCGUGCCCUGUCCUACCUUUGGAAGUUGAAUGGGCUAUCAUAGCAAACCUCAAUUUGCAAAGCCCCUCCUCGGGCUUCCUCAGAUUAUCAAAUCUCUUAGAAACAGUGAGAUUCUCUACCAGACUCCUACGUGUUUACACCUCCCUGGAUGGCCAGUGAUGUGUCACACAUCCCAGCACUGGUUGGAACAAAGGGAUUUUUGAGUUCAAGGCCAGUCCGGCUCCACAGUGAGUCUAAGUCUCUAAAAUCCAAAACCCUCUUUGGGGUUGAAAGUAUUACUUCAGUUAUGUAACUGUCCCCUUAAAUUCAUGAACGUUAUAUGCAGAUAGUUAGGAACACUGCCUGGACUGCUCACUGCAGGGCCUCAUAACAUCCCUGAGCUCUCAUCUGCGCUGCUGAGUAGCAGCUCCCUGCUUUCUCUUCUAAGCCUUGAACCGCCUAUGUGUUAGAUGGAGCUGGUCUUCAGUGUAAUCGAAUUCGUGAGAACAGAACUCAGGACCUCAGGGUCACCCCUAGGAGAGCAAUGAGACUGGAGAGGUAGUGCCCACUAACUUUGCUCCCUGAGACUUCAAAAUUCAUUUGGUGCUGAAAUGAUAGCAUGGGAAAACAGGAGUGUGUGUGUUAGGGAAAACUGUUUUCACAGCUUUGGGGGUGUGAGGCGGUGUCCCAAAAGUGUCAUGACAGACCCGAAGCCUGACUCUGGUGAACCAAUAACAUGAGAGAAGCUUGUCAAGUAAGUUCCUUCAAGUGGUUAGGGAAAGCAGCGUUCACUCAACACUAUUUCCCCUGGCUUCCACAUCCUUGGACCAAAGAGAGAGUCUGGAGGUGUGGUGGAUGCAGGAGAGGGAGGAGAUUGCAGAGGGAAUGAUUAUUAUGGGAAGGUGAUAAGAGCUAUAUCUGAACACCAUGGCUAGGCUGUGACAAGAAAGCAGGGAGGUGUAAAUGUCAGGUUGGGGGUGAGAAGCAAGGAGGCUGAAAGGAAGAGCCAGGGCCAGAAAUGGACUGUCACUGGCCUGUGUGCCACACUCUGAUCCUCAGCAUUACAGCCGCAGAAAGCCUCCCUGGCACUGGGAGUGGCUUAGUAAAGUCCUUGCCUUGCAAGCAUGAGGACCUGAGUUCAGACUGCCAGCACCCACAGAAAAAGCCAGGUUGUUGGCCAGCACCUAAAAUCCCAGUUCUGGGGAGUAGGGACAGGAGGGUCCCCAGGUUUGCUGGCUAGCUAGUCUUAGUUAGUAAGCACCAGGUUCAGCAGGAGACCCUACCUCAAAAACUAAGGUGGGGCCGGGCGGUGACUCAGUGGGGAAAGCACUUGCUGCAACAAGCCCGACCUAAGCUCAGACUCCUAGACCCGACAUGAAAACCGAUGUAGUGUCACAUACAUGUAAUGGGAGAAUAAUCCAGAAGCUCACAGACCUGCUAAACUGCAUGCCAUUGCAAGGCAGCAGAGACAAGAGAGACCCUGCUGCACACAAGGUAGAAGGUAAGACUUGACCCCGAAAGUUGUCCUCUGGCCUCCAUAUGUGGGUGUGUGUGCACACACAUAUGUACACAACCAAAGGGGGAAACAAUUAAGGAAACUACCAAAUGUGUUAACCUCUGACAUCCCUUCUGGGGUGGUGAUCCAUCGGACUGACAGGCCUUGCUCAGCUACCUAAUGUGUAGCUGUUAGGACAGCAAACCAAGUAUAAUGGCUCACAUGUGUAAUUCUGGCACUUGAGAAGCUGAGGCAGGAGGAUUGCUAUAAAUUCUAUUCAAUCUGGUGUAUAUAGUGAGUUCCAGGACAGCCAGGGCUACAUGCAAGCCUUGUCUUAAAACAAAAAGAUGAUGAUAGCAGCUGCCAUUAUUGGGCCAGGUUAGGAGGUUCUGUUAUGCCCCACGAGAGUUCCAGAAAGGUAUCCAAGAUCUCACAUCCCAUUCCACCAGUCUUUCCUUGACCUAGUUUCCAAUGAGAAGGUCAACUCUUGGUAGCAAGGAGUUGGUGUCCCCUCCUGGCCUUGCCACAGUGUCCCGAAUGUUGGAGUACAGCGAACAGUUAGACAAAAAUAAAGGAGUUGAAGCAUGUAUCUGCCCCUGAUUACUAAGUGACGCUAAUGAUGGAUGGUGAUGUUUUCCAAGACCAGUCAAGACAGCUCCUCAAGAAGACAGUGCUGUCCCUUAACAACCAGUUGUACUGAAAGACAUGAAACUAUUAAAGGUAUAGGCAGUAUGCUAUUUCCAUUUUACAAUAGAAGAAAGCAUCACCUGGUCCAGCGCUGUUCCCACUGCUCUGACCCACGGGGCAGGUCUGCCUCCUGCCUAGUUAUGAUAGACCAGGCCCUCCAAGGGGGUAGCACUGCUAGGAGACAGCUCCUUACUCCCUUCCCCAUCAUUCUCUCCCAUUCUGGGCACAGAGCAUUUCCAGGUUACCCGGAGUGAGAUAUUUGUGAGAGAGCAGAGAGGUGAAAGCAAGGGUCAGAUACCUCGAGACGGAGGAGGUGACAGAAUUCUUUUAUGGAGUUCCUCUGCUAGAUGAUGCCAAACACCCACGUUGCGAGCAGUGGGACUUUUUGCUCCACUUUAGCCUCAAGGGGAGUCUUUGAGGGCUGAUAAAACGACACGGUGGCAGAAAGCUGGCGUCGGUGGCCAAGGAGGGCCUUGGGAGCCACCUUUGCUGUGGGGCAGUGCCACGCUCCAGGUUGCACACGAACUUUGGUGGUUUUCUGCCAAAGCUCCAGUGCCCACCCUGGUGGCUUUGAGGGUGGAGCCUGCAGAGGGCGGGACUUCGGGGCGGGGCGAGCUCAGCGCCUCCAGCAGGCUCCGCUCCUACUGUAGUUUAAAAGGCUGGAAGGCGGGCUUCAAGAAGUAGUAUCUGGGUGCGGGAGAAGAUCCUGCUGGGAACAGCCAUGACCCGGCAGGCAAGGGGCUCUCGGCUGCUCUGCAGUCUCCUUCUCUUCGUGUUGUUCACUGCUGGCGUCGCCCCCUUCAAUUGGGAUCUCCCGGAGCCCCGCAGCCGAGCCAGCAAGAUUCGAGUGCACCCCCGGGGCAACCUCUGGGCAACCGGUCAUUUCAUGGGCAAGAAGAGUCUGGAGCCCCCAGGUCUGUCGCUGGUGGGGACAGCAUCUCCCAGCACCCAGAGGGGCCAGAGACUGCAGCUGAGUCAUGAUCUGCUCCGGAUCCUCCUGCUAAAGAAAGCCUUAGGCAUGAACCUCAGUGGCUCAACCUCCCCAGUUCAGGAGGCUGCUGGAGCCAACCCUGAAGAAGUGACACCAUUAACAGGAUCAACACAACAGCGUGGCUUAGAAUGUGUCCACCUAGGCAAGCUGCUGAAUGCUACUCCAGCAGUGGCCCCGUCGGGAUGUAAAUCCUAAGCUCCAAUGUGUUACUUAUGCCGUUACUGGCAUUUCUGGCUGGGUCACCAGGAAUGUUGAUGAUGUAGACACAAAGUCUUUCCUGCUGUGUUUCUUGCUUCCCUGGUGAAGUUGUGAAUAAAAACACUGCACUUUA